CAAAGCGUGGUUUUCGCUAGUUGGAAACAUUAUUAUUGCAGGAGUUAUUUCGUGGACGUCUGAGAACCAGGAACAAAGUACGACCGGAUAUGUUCGUGUCCGUGUCUGGCACCCGAAUGAUUUGCCGUCUCCAUCUUAUACAACCACUCUAAAUAUGAAAGCCGGAAACACUAAUUGGAAUGAUUAUGAGGAACGCUCUCACGGCCUUGGUUCGAUACCCGUAUUAACCAUUGUGCAGUAUACCCCGGCAUGGACUGUGCCACUAACUGGAUGGGUUUCGGAAGGAACAGGUUCGAGUUCACGGCCAAUAAAUAACGCAAAUCUUUACUGGGGAGGAUUAGUAUACGGUGUGGACAGUCAAGAUAUAAGAUUGUGGGCUCCAUCUUAUGGCCAGGCGAAUUAUGGAAUAUUUAGUUUUUGUGACGGUUGGGGUUACGAUGUACGGGGAAGCGACUGUACAUACAUCCGGGCAUCUAUAACUAUAUACAUGUGGACUGACCUGUCGGCUGCCGAGGUAUACAGCCACACGGAAUUGCAUCAAAUAGGAGAGACAAGUGGUGUGCACGAGCUUUCCUUGUUUCCAAGUUACUCUGUAGACGCUGAUAAUGAUAUAAUUACGGUGUCCGCUUUGACAACAUAUGGUUCAAACAAUGGAUUUCAGUUCUACGGUACUGGUGCUGCAAUGGUAGAUAACGCAGACGGAUGUGGUGGUAUUGUGUACGCAUACACAAACGUCACUUCCGCUUUAAGGAUUUGGCAUCCGGUAGGUGGAAGUAAUAAUUUAAUUCAUGUAGACGGUAUGGGCGGAGGAACAUAUAACCAGGUAGCAGACAUAGCUGAUAUAACUCUGCGACUUUUUAAAGUAUUCCAAUCUGUUAUAAACUAUUGCUCAUUUGCUACUGAAGAACCCGGGAUAAACACGAUUACGACGUUGACGUCAUUAGCAGACUGUUGCCAGGCAACGUACGCGUGCAUUCCUGGAUAUAGUCUUAUUUCCGGAAAUCUUCAGCGUUUUUACGAUUACUCUUUGAACACAUGGAAUGGAACUUCACCGGAAUGUCAAGUUGCAACUAGUUCUGUUAACAUGUGUUCGUCAAUUGAUGGUGGAAUAAAUACAGAUGUUAACCUGACGUCAACAAACUCGGGUUGCCUAGCAGCGUAUACAUGUCUACCGGGAUACAGUUUAGUGUCUGGCGAUUUGUUUCGAUCUUAUGACUCUUUACAAAGCGCAUGGAAUGGUACCGCACCAGAGUGCCAUGUGUUGUGUUCAAAUCCGACCAGUGGGACUAACUCUAUGUACGUUCUUUCAUCAAGCCAGCUGUGGAUCGGUACAUUAGCUACAUAUACAUGCACUAGUACGUACGUUUACGAAGCCGGGGACUACAGUCGGGUAUGUUAUGGGAGCGGUUCAUGGACUGGUUUCCCGUUAAACUGUUCAGCACCUGUAACAACUACAACAAUUCUGCCACCCUCCACAACAAGCACCGGAAGUGUGUGUUUUAAUUUUAGCACGGUGGUUAACAUUACAACAGUAUUACGUAUUGCUGAUGAAAUUGUUGCAAAUUUGACAGUACCAACAAAAACAACGUCGAAAUAUACGAGAAGCUUGACUAGUGCUAAAGAUGGACGACAAUCUUCCACGGUGAUUGGUCUGGCCGGCGCAGGAAUAUGUGCAGUUAUAAUGGGCCUACUUCUUGUUCCAGAUGCAUUGACAGUUUUAUCAUUUCUUGUAAAUAAAAUAUGUUCCAAACGAGAUAUAGCAGAUUAAAGUAUUUCUUACCGAAUUCGGUCAUAGUAACAUGGUUUUUAUCUCAUGACGUCUUUUGUUUUCAAUGUAAUAUCACCAAUGCACAUUUAUUUUUCUUACAAAUGUCAAAAGUACUUCUUAUUUUACGGGAAUAAAUAUGAUUUACAGUUAAAUCAAAUUCAUAUUGCAUAGUAUCUUUAACCCGUAUAAAGUUUUUGGAAUAAAUUUAUUAUUUUACGGUCAUUCAUGAAAACCGUGUUUG